UGAAAGUGAAAGAUGGUGUGGACACACAGUGACGUUUCCCCUCACACGCUCUUAAGUGUCGCAUCUAUUUGCUUUGCACUUUUAAUUCAAACACAUUCAUGAGGCUUUACCCGACGGUUUUCCCUCUGAAUUCUCUAGGAGAAGUGGACAUGCUUGGGCUGGUUAUAUUAAUUCUCACGACGGCCGUAUUUCAUCACUAUAUUGUAAGAGCGAGCGGUGAAUGCCAACCCCUGGAACUGGGACCCAACAUAAUGCCUGUUACUGGCACCAUACCCACUGAUUCAAGAAUUCGUAUCAAUUGUACAAAGGGGUUCCUGAGGAAAUCAGGAACAUCCAACCUGUUCCGAUGCAUUAACCAAUCUGGUGAAGCAAUCUGGCGCAAUGAACCUCCUCUUAAGUGCAUACGUGAUCCCCGCAGUCCCAUAAUGACAACAACGCCUGAUCAACAUUUCAUGACACUCACCUCCGAAAAAACUUUCACUCCGACAAUUCCUGACAGCACCAAUUCCUGGCAAAGUUGGCCAACAACAGCAACAAGGAGUAUAACCUUUACACCAACGAGUGAAGUUGCCACAACCAAAACAAGGACAACUACCAACCAGCCAAUUUUGAAGAUCACAAUAACAGCCAAUGAGAUUGCCUCUUCAACAUCCAGUGCCUUCACAACCAGAGAAUACAGAACAACAGGGUCAUCACUCCUUGACCAGUCAAGCACUUUCACCACAACAACAGGAGUCAGCAUAUCAGUGAAUACCUCAACUCUUUCUACAGGAAACGGUACAGCACUUGUGUCCUCUGCCAGUUACAAAUCAACAGUAGGUAGCGUUACAGGGAUAAUUCUCUUCUGCCUGCUAGGAGCAGUAUUUCUUCUCUGCUGGAGAUUAAGACAUCGAGAAAAAAACAAUAUUAAAGGGAUUCAGCUAAACCAAACCAACCAGAUUACCUGUUCAUCCUACUUGCCUGUACCAGUCUCAGUCAUUGAACGCUGUCCAACUGAAGAAAACAUAGCCGAUGCUGUUAACCUGUGACGUGCACAGAACGGGGGCAGCAGGGGCGCAAUUAAAUUAAAAUAGUUAAAACAAAAUUAAAAUCUCAUCAUAAUCUCACAAAAACAGUAAUUAUGUGUUAUGAGAUUUCUUUGUAAAUUGCAGGCGUAUUAAAGAAAAAUAAGCAGACGUGCCUUUAAGAGCGUGCAAAUUGAGGGCAGAUUCCAAUCGCAAGUGAUCCUCCCUAUGCCCUUUAAGUGGGUACUCUGAAGGAAACAUAGCAUUACUGUAUAAAUGUACCCUUCGCUAACAGUCUUGUGGAAGGGCCCUCCGAGAAAAGAUUCAUUUUCUCACUUUCGUUUUGAACGAGCUUUCGAGUGGCAUCCCCUCCCACAGGAGUGCCCUUCAAGGAAGCAAAAAAAUGCAGUUUUGAAUUCACCCCGGAACGUUGAAGUGCAACCCCAUUUCUGACAUCGCGAACCUGCAGUGCAGACAGAUUUAUUCAUUAUAAUGAGAUUAUAAACGGUCGCGUUGAUUUCAGUGAUAGACAUUCAAUUAGUCUUUUAUAGAAUACUGACAUAAACUGAAGGAGCUGUCAGGUUCAGCCAAAGCCAGUUUGGAUUUGUUGAAACUAAUAAGUCAUUAGACUUAUCACUUUCAGAAAAAUACCAUUAGGCUACCACAGUACUGCAACUCCCUAUACGCAUAUUACGCAGUGUACGUAAGGCACCAACUCCCUAGGAGGGCACCAGAAACUCCACCGGCUGCCCUUCCUUGCAUGUCAUAUGUUAUUCAAGGACCCUGAAGCAGUCGAUCGCCUUGCGCUCGCAUUGCGCCUUCGCACUGUGCACCACGUUACCAGGGUAAAGCCAUAGUACUGAAUGAUUGUUCAUGUUCCUAUUCCAUGAUAGUCAUUUUACUCCAAGUAAAAAAUACCAUGGUUUCACUAUGACACAUUUCAUAAUCAUUGGGAUAUCAGACCAUGUCUGAAAAUAAACAAAUAAACAAGUGUAAUACCAUGGUGCUUUUUGUGAGAAAUAUAACAGAAUAGGCUAAUAUUUGUGAUAAAGGAAAUAUUAUGUACAGUAUAUACAAGAAAACUGUUAAAUACUCAAAAAGCAAGAAAUAAGUUAAGUAUUUAUAAUUACUAAUUCAAAAAAAAAAAAACUGUGCCCUUUUUUAUCCUUCCACCCCCAUCCCUGCUAAGGUCUGUGCACGUCACUGCUGCUAACAAAUCCACAACAGACUCCGCCCAUGACACAAAUAAUACACAAAAAGGCUCCGCCCAUGGGGCUGACACAUUUAACUAGCUACUCCUACAAACUGACUCCUGUUGUGAUUUAUGCCCAACAUCACAUCACCCCAUAAAAUAAACCUUAACUGCACCUCAUCAGUCAGUGUACCUCAUCUCAUUCCUUACUCUUUGAACAUAAAUAAAAAUUUUAUAUUGUU